GCUGAUAAAGAAUUUGUGUGGUCCCUGUGGAAACGUCUCCAGGUGUCAAACUCAGAUCUUACUCAAGCUGUCAGCUUGGUUGUAGAAAGAGAAAAGCAGAAAGCUGAAGUCAAGGACAGAAAGGUUUUAGAGAUUUUGCAAGCCAAAGACAGCAAAAUAGAAACCCUUGAACAGAGGCUCACAGUACAGCAGCAGGAGAUAAACAACUUAAUACAAAGAAAAAAUGGUGUGGAUGAGGAAAAUACCCAUUUGAAGAAUAAAUUCAGUAACUUGAACCAGAAAUUUAAAGAUAAAAGCCAAGAACUUAAGGACACUGAGGAGUGUGCACAGAAGAAGGAAGAGCAAAACAGACUGGUUAUAAAAAACCUCGAGGAAGAAAAUAAGGGAUUAAAUACAUGCUGUGCUGACCUGUUAAAUGACCUGGAGAAACUGAGGAAACAGGAGGCACAAUGGAAAAGAGAAAAAUCUGGCAAUGAUGCCAGAAUAAAG